AUGCCAGGAAACAACUUAUUGUCCAAUCCUUCAAGUUUCACUGGUGAAAAUUACCAAAUCUGGGCUGUCAAAAUGAAGUCCUAUUUGGAUGCUAAUGAUCUUUGGAAUGUGGUAGAGACAGAUCAUGUUCCUGAAUUGUCAGAAGAUCCAACUAUUACAGAAAUGAGAGCCCAUAGAGAUGCAGUCAAAAGGAGAUCAAAAGCCAUGACUUGCAUUCAUUCAGCAAUUUCUGAUGCAGUAUUCACAAAAAUUAUGACUUGUGAAACUGCAAAAGAAGCUUGGGAUGCUCUCAAAGUGAUUUUUCAAGGCAAUGACAGAACAAGACAGAUGCAAGUUUUGAACCUUAGGAGAGAAUUUGAACUCCUUAGGAUGAAAGACAAAGAAAAUAUUAAAGAGUAUUCUGACAGACUCUUAAAUGUUGUGAACAAAAUCAGAUUGAUUGGAGAACAACUUUCAGAUAGCAGAGUUGUGGAGAAAGUCUUGGUGAGUUUGAAGCCAAGAUUUGCUCUCUUGAAGAUUCAAGAGAUCUCUCGGAUGACCUUGCUAGAAUUGAUCAAUGCUCUAGAGGCACAAGAACAAAGACGAGUCAUAAGAACUGAAGAAGUCAUUGAAGAUGCUUUUCAAGCAAUAAACAAUGAUCAAAUUCGACAAGACAGUGGUUGCACUCAUCACAUGGCAUAUGAUGAAUCUAUAUUUAGGAAAUUUGAUAAAUCGCAAAUCUCCAAAGUCAGAAUUGGAAAUGGAGAUUAUAUUAAGGUGAAAGGCAAAUGUAGUGUUGCUAUUGAUUAUGGUUCAGUGAAAAUGAGAGGCAAAAAUUUUGCUUUGAAUUUGUCAAAAAUUGACAAUUCUAAGGUGCAGUAUGGUGAACCAAAAAAUUCAGAUGUUGCUAAAAUUCAAGAGGAGAUCACUGAUGAGGCAAUUGAAUGA